GGGAGGAGACAGGGAAAAGCCCAAGUCUGCCUCCCUGACCUGCAGGGUCAAGAAUUGGUACCAAGGGGGCGAGGCGACCCCAGCCUUGUACCCUCCCCGGCCUUAGCAGACACUAGUCUGGCCUGGGGUGCCCCCAGUGCGGUGGCUCUGGUUGGCAUUUCUGUCUGGGCCCAGCAUGUGCAGAGGAGGCCUUGAAGUGGCUGCAUGGCUGCCAGCAGGAAGGUUUGGAGGCAGGAGAUGGGGUUGGAGAAGGGAUCGAGCCACCCGACUUCCACUUUGUGCUGUUUGCCCUUCACCUCCUUCCCCCAUCACUCCAGGAUUCCUAAAGACUUUGAAUAGUCCAAAAAGGCCCCCUUUUAAGGUCUGUAAUGGGACCCUAACCAAUGUUGAUUUGUUACCUGACCAAGAAGAUACUGUUUCCAUGGGUCCAGUGAAGUCUGUUCUUUCUUUUGUAGUAACUUUUAUAAAAAACCCUGUUUUCUGCCUCCCAGCUGCAUCUUGCCCCAAACUGCUUUUCUGGUCGGCAUCUUGGUAGCUUGGGAGGAGACUGUCAUCAGUGGCAUUCAUUGUGAGGCAUCGCUGUCCAUCCCUGACUGGAUGGCACACUGAUGUGAAUAAGUUGCAGCAGAUCUGUAGUGCACCAGAAGCAUUGUUCAGAAUGCAGAGUCAAGUCAAGAAGCUUUUAUUAAAUACUGACUAUGUGCCAGACAUAGUAGUGAAUCCUGAAUAGCUAAAGAAAGGCAGGAGACAAUCCCUGCUCUCACUUCCAAUAGAAUGAGUGAGAGAACAGGCAGAACAACUGAAUACAAUUAGGAAGGCACUGUAAUUAAGAGGUGUUGGCAAAAGCUGCCUGUAGGAGUUGGAGGAGGCUUAAAGGGAGCCAGGGAGAUGAAUAGGCAGAGCAGAGAAGAUAGAGCCUUUCAGGCAUGGGGGACAAUCAAAGAGAAUUCCCGGAGCUGAGAGAUGGGCAUAGCCAGGAGACCAGUAACACUGGAUAGAAAAGGAUGUGCAGGGAAUCAGUUUUUGAAUGCCCAACAGAAUUUUGUAUUUGUUCCUGAAGGCAAUAGGGAAUCACUGGAGUAGGGGAAGUGAUUAUCAGCAUUUUAGAAAAACCACUUUGAACAUUGAAUGGAGAUUAGAUUGAAGAAGAGAGAUCUUGAGACAAGCAGGCACCCCCGGUAGUUAUUACCAUAAUCUAGGCAUGAGAUGAUGAAAGUCAAGAUCAGAGAGAAGGGAGUGGCAAGGGGAGAUGUUACAGAGGUGAAAUGGACCAGAGGUGCUGCAGAAAUGACAUUGACUCCCUGGCAUGGAUUCUGUCAAUAUAAAGUAAUUAUUAAAUAAAAAUUAAAAAAAAAAAAGAAAUGACAUUGACUAAAGGCCUUAUAGAGGUGCUGCAGAAGUGACCUUGAUAGAUAUGUUGCAGAGGUGAAGUGGACCAGAAGUGCUGCAGAAAUGACAUUAACUAGAGAUAAUACAGAGGUGAAAUGGACCAGAGAUGAUGUUGACUAAACGUGUUGCAGAGAUGACAUAGACUAAAGGUGUUGCAGAGGUACUGAAGAGGUGACAUUGACUAGAAAUUAUACAGAGGUGAAAUGGAUCAGAGGUGACAUUGACUAGAGAUGUUACAAAGGUAAAACAGACCAGAGGUGCUGCAAAAGUGACAUUGACUAGAGGUGUUGCAGAGGUGCUGCAGAGGUGACAUUGACUAGAGAUGUUGCAGAGGUGCUGCAGAGAUGACAUUGACUAGAGAUUAUACAGAGGUGAAAUGGAUCAGAAGUGACAUUGACUAGAGAUUAUACAGAGGUGAAAUGGAUCAGAAGUGACAUUGACUAGAGAUGUUACAAAGGUAAAACGGACCAGAGGUGCUGCAAAAGUGACAUUGACUAGAGAUGUUGCAGAGGUGCUGCAGAGGUGACAUUGACUAGAGAUGUUGCAGAGGUGACAUUGACUAGAGGUGCGGCAGAAGUGAAAUGGACCAGAUAUGGUGCAGAGGCCCAGCGGACAGGCCUUUUUGCCACACUGGAUAUGGAGAAUGGGAAUCGGGGUUGGGGUGAGUAAGUGAGGAAUUAGGAUGACUCUGAGGUUGGGAAGCUUGGGGGGUUGGGAAGAUGGUGGUGUCCUUCAUGGAGAUGAGGAAAGUAAGUGAGGGGAGAUUCAAGUCAGUCAAAAAACAUUUAUUAAGCACCUACCAUGUGCUAGGUACUAUAUCAAGCCCUUUAUACCCUGGGAUUAUAAAGAAAAGCAGGAGAUAGUCCUUGCCACCAAGAACUCACAGUCUGUUGAGGGUAAAUAGUGAAUUCAAUUUUGGGUGUGUUGAGUUCAAGAUGUCUUAGAGGACAUUUGCUUUGAGAUGUCUAACAGUUGGAGGGGUGAAUCUAGGAGAAAGGUAAGGGCUGGAUAAGUCAAUCUGAGAGUUAUCUGUGAUGGUAAAUCCAUGGGAGCUGUGAGAUCAGUAAGCACACUAGAGAGAGAAGAGAAAAGGGGCCAAAUAGACACUUUAGACGGUGUUCUCUGUUAAUUGGGUGUAACCCUCUUAAAGAUGCAGAGUGAUCAGUCAGACAAGUAGGAGGAUAACCAGUGUGAGGAAAAUUAGGGAUAAGAGAUAAUCCAGUCUUUGAGGGUGAUGGAGCUUGUCAAAGACUGUAGACAAUCCUAGGAGACCAGGUUAUUCUCACAUAGGUGAUUGUGCCCUUCCACUGCCUGAGCUGUCCUUCUGGCUUUCUCUUCUUCUUUUUUUGGGGGGCUGAGGCAAUUGGGAUUAAGUGACUUGUCCAGGGUCACGCAGCUAGGAGGUGUUAAGUGUCUGAGGCCAGAUUUGAACUCAAGCCCGCCUGACUUUGGGGUGGUACUCUUCCCACUGCACCACCUAGCUGCCCCCAGCUUCCCCUUCUUCCCAGGGCACUAGAAAUUGUGGUCCCUGGGUGAGCACAAGUGUCUUUGAUCUUUCAGGAGUCCGUGUCGUUCCAGGACGUGGCCGUGGACUUCACGUGGGAGGAGUGGAGGUGCUUGGGCCCUUCCCAGAAGGAGUUAUACCGGGAAGUGAUGCUGGAGAACUACCAAAACCUUGUCUGCCUGGGACUGGCUGCUUCCACACCAGAAAUGAUUGUCCAGCUAGAGCGAGGGGAGGCGCCAUGGCGACCCGAGGAAAGAGGUUCUGGAAUCCACCCUCCAGAUUGGGAAACUGGAUCUGAAAACAAGGAAUCAGUUAUCAAAGUGGGCCUUUCUAUGGAAGAACCAUUCUCGGAAAGUUUCACAAAUAGUGGUGUCUGUGUCUCCAACUUGGACCAAACCUGGAUAUAUGCUACCAGGUUAGAGAGGCAGCAGAAUGACGAAGAUACAUCCAGAGUACUAAAAAAUGCCCAAAGGAAACCUCUUAAUGAAGUGAGGAGCCAUGACCAUAGUCAUUGUGCUAGAAGUGCUCAUGUGGGACCAGUUCAUUUUCCCCAACAAAAAAUAUCAUUAGAAAAUACUCUUUCUAAAUGUGAUACAUAUGGAAAGAACUUCAGACUAUAUUCAGCCCUCAGAAACUGUAAUAAAAUCUGCUCAAAAAUUUUCCCUAAGUAUAAUGAGAGUAGGAAAUCCUUCAGUUAUAAUUCCCAUCUCAUUGAAAACCAUAAAAUGCAUCCUGAAGAGAAGCCUUAUGAAUGUCAUGACUGUGGGAAGGCCUUCCGAUGGAGCUCACACCUUGCUCAACAUCAGAUAACCCACACUGGAGAGAAACCCUAUGAAUGUAAGGAGUGUGGGAAGGCCUUUGGGUUGAGCACGGGGCUGACUCGACAUCAGAGGAUUCACACCGGAGAGAAGCCUUAUGAAUGCAAUGAAUGUGGGAAGGCCUUCCUUUUGAACACAAACUUUAUUGUUCAUCAGAGAAUUCAUAGUGGAGAAAAACCCUAUGAAUGUAAUGAAUGUGGGAAGGCCUUCAAUAGGAGCACCCAACUUACUGUGCACCAGAGAAUUCACACUGGAGAGAAGCCAUAUGAGUGUCAUGAGUGUGGGAAGGCCUUUCGACAGAACACAGUUCUUACUGAACAUCAGAGGAUUCACAGUGGAGAGAAACCCUAUGAAUGCAGUGAAUGUGGGAAAGCCUUCCGACAGAGCUCACAGCUUACUCAGCAUCAGAGGAUUCACACUGGAGAGAAGCCUUAUGAAUGUCAUGAGUGUGGGAAGGCCUUCCUUCUGAGCACAACUUUUGCUGUCCACCAGAGAAUUCACACUGGAGAAAAACCUUAUGAAUGUAAUGAAUGUGGGAAGGCUUUCAGCUGGAGCACAGAACUUGCUGAACAUCAGAGGGUUCAUACUGGUGAGAAACCUUAUGAAUGUAAUGAAUGUGGGAAGGCUUUUUGCCAAAGCUCACAAUUGGCUCGGCAUCAGGUAAUCCACACUGGAGAGAAACCUUAUGAAUGUCAUGAGUGUGGGAAGGCCUUCCUUCUGAGUACAACCUUUGCUAUCCAUCAGAAAAUUCAUAGUGGGGAAUAAUCUUGUGAAUAUAAUAAACGUAAGAGCCUUCAAUUUGA